AUGUGCCCCUCGGUGCUGGCCACCAAGGACACCAUCAGCAACCUGAAGUGCCGUACCACCGAGUUCGUCAGUAAAGCUGGCGUGGGAUCCUGGGUCCCCAGCGAGGUGACCAACAUCGUGGCAGGAUGCCCUGCGACCUUACCGACGCAGGAGCAAGCCAUCGAGGCCGGCUGUCCGAAGAAGGCUUACUCCGCUGGUGUGAAGGAUGUGCUGGGUGAGAACUCCAAUGCCCUCGGCUGGGCCAUGGCCGUGGGUGGUUCCGCGGCGGGCUUGGGCAUUUGCGGCAUCGCAGGUGCGAAGAUGAUGAAGAAAGGGGAGGAUGAAGAUGACAGUGAUGAUGGGAACAGCAGUGAGCAGGGGCCCUUGACUGAAUGA